CUUUAGACCCUCUUCUCUCCCGUCUUGCGUGGCUUGCCCUUGCCUUUUUUGUUCACCCAACCACUCUGCUCGUCUCCCUCCCUCUCCCUCCCCCACUGCCCCGACCUCGCCGCCGCCGCCCGCGCGAUGGACGGCGCCGUGCUCUGCGCCGCCAACCACGCGCCGCUCACGCCCCUCAGCUUCCUCGACCGCGCCGCCCUCGUCUACCCGGACCGCCCCGCCAUCGUCGCCGAUGGCGUGCCGCCGCGCACCUGGCGGGAGACGCGGGCACGCUGCCUCCGCCUCGCCGCCGCCAUCGCCGCCCUCGGCGUCCACCGCCACGACGUGGUCGCGGUGUUCGCGCAGAACAUUCCGGCGGUGUGCGAGCUCCACUUCGGCAUCCCGAUGGCCGGCGCCGUCAUCUGCACGCUCAACUCCCGCCUCGACGCCGCCAUGGCGUCCGUCCUGCUGCGCCACUCGGAGGCCAAGAUCGUCUUCGUCGACUGCGCGCUGCUCGACGUCGCCCAGGACGCCCUCCGCAUCGUCUCCCAAUCCGGCGCGACGCCUCCCGUCCUGGUUCUCAUCAGCGAGCUCCUCGACGAGCACGAGCCGAAGGCCAAGCUCCAAGGUUCCCGAACAUACCACGAGUACGAGGCCCUCCUGGGCAAUGCCGGCUCGUCGUCGCCGGAGUUCGCGAUCCGGUGGCCGGCCGACGAGAACGAGGCGAUCGCGCUCAACUACACCUCGGGCACGACGUCGCGGCCCAAGGGCGUGAUCUACAGCCACCGCGGCGCGUACCUCAACAGCCUCGCCGCCGUGCUCCUCAACGACAUGACGUCCACGCCGGUGUACCUGUGGACCGUGCCCAUGUUCCACUGCAACGGCUGGUGCAUGGCGUGGGGCGUCGCGGCGCAGUGCGGCACCAACGUCUGCGUCCGCAAGGUCACCGCGGCGACCAUCUUCGACGCCGUGGCGCGCCACGGCGUGACGCACAUGGGCGGCGCGCCGACGGUGCUGAACAUGAUCGUGAACGCGACGCCGGAGGAGCAGCGGCCGGUGGGGAGGAAGGUGACGGUGAUGACCGGCGGCGCGCCGCCGCCGCCGAAGGUGCUGUUCCGGAUGGAGGAGCAGGGGUUCCUGGUGAUCCACUCGUACGGGCUGACGGAGACGUACGGCCCGGCGACGGUGUGCACGUGGAAGCCGGAGUGGGACGCGCUGCCGGCGGAGGAGCGGGCCCGGAUCAAGUCGCGGCAGGGGCUGCACCACCACGGCCUCGAGGUCGACGUCAAGGACCCGGCGACGAUGCGGAGCGUGUCGGCUGACGGGAAGACGAUGGGGGAGGUGAUGCUUCGCGGCAACACGGUGAUGAGCGGCUACUACAAGGACGUCGCCGCGACGUCCGAGGCGCUCGCCGGCGGGUGGUUCCGGUCCGGCGACCUGGCGGUGCGGCACGAGGACGGGUACGUGAAGGUGCUCGACCGGUCCAAGGACAUCAUAAUCUCCGGCGGGGAGAACAUCAGCACGAUCGAGGUGGAGGCGGUGCUGUUCAGCCACCCGGCGGUGGAGGAGGCGGCGGUGGUGGGGCGCCCUGACGAGUACUGGGGCGAGACGCCGUGCGCGUUCGUGAAGCUCCGGCCCGGGAGCGCCGCGGCGGCGGCGGAGGAGGAGCUGAUGGCGUACUGCCGCGCGCGGCUGCCGCGGUACAUGGCGCCGCGGACGGUGGUGGUGGUGGAGGACGGGCUGCCGAAGACGGCGACGGGGAAGGUGCAGAAAUUCGAGCUGCGGGAGCGCGCCAAGGCCAUGGCCAGCCUCCCGCCGGCGGCGGCGGCGGCGGCCAGCUCGAACACCAAGAGGAGGAGCAACCUGUGAAUGGAUUUGCGUCAGUUGCUGCAACUCCGAUGCCUUGUGGAAUCUCGAGAUGAAAAGAUUCAUAAUUUGGUCAGAUGAUUCGUUUGUGGGAUGAUGCGAAAACAAAUUUGGCCUCCUUUGUCAGUGUGCCGUCGUGCAGUUUUGAGUCUUGAUAGCAUAUGCUGUGACCAUUUCAUUUCGAUCUGGAUUAAAUAAAUUUGGAAGGAGUUUGAAAGGAUUUGUGAAUGAUUGAAAUAAAAUAACAAAUCUAUCAGUUGAGAUUAAGUGAUAA